AUGGUGUCUAUUUGGCGGUGCCUCGGUGUUCCUGGGCCUGCGGAUCUGGGUGAAGUUCACCAGAUUACAGGGGCUCUGGCGGUCCUCUUAAUAAACAAUAUCCUGAUAUGCUGGGAAUACGCCAAUGGAUAUGUCAGCCAGACCGGCGAGUGGGACAAACACAUGCACAUCAUCAUUAACAUCACGUCGUGCGGCACGCUUAUCGGGCAGGCAUGGUCCAAGACGGCCUUUGGCGUUACACUGCUACGCAUAAGCAACCAAUGGCAGAAUUACGUCCUGUGGUUUUGCAUAGCCACUAUGAAUAUCUUCAUGAUCCUCAAGUGUAUCCUCCAAUGGGCGAAGGUCUGCGAUGGCGCAGACGACUAUCAGGCGUCGUAUCGGCUCAAUUUCUGCAUUUAUAACAAAUUCCGGAACGGUGUUAAGGAGGGAGGACAGGGUGCGUGGUCAAUCCCUACUUGGGAGAUGGUAUGA